ACCAUAUCAUUUGGUUCAAUCAUGGACUCUUACAAGAUGUCUGAAGAAGAGCAAGAGCUAUUAAGAGUGAAUCAAAUAACCGUGGGAAUACUUCUUCCUAUGGUCAUUAAAACCGCCAUAGAACUCGAUCUCUUUGAGAUCAUGGCAAAGACUCCUGGUGGCAACUUCUCUUCUUUUGAUCUUGCUUCUAGUCUUCCUAGACAAACCCAGGAGACCCCAGUGUUAAUUGAACGAAUUCUUCGGUUUCUCGCUAGCCACUCGGUUGUCACGUCAACCGUAGUAAAGGAUGAACAUGGAGGUUCUAAGAACUUAUAUGGCAUGACAGCCUUGUCCUAUAACUAUGUCCGAAGACAAGACGGGACGUCGCAUGCUUCAUCCCUUCUCUUUAUCAACGAUAAAGUACUUGUUAAUUGUUGGUACCAUCUGAAAGAUGCAAUUAUUGAAGGAGGGGUCCCAUUUAACAAGGCUCAUGGGGUGGAUGCAUUUGAGUAUGCUGCUAAAGACAAUAGAUUCAAUGAGGUCUUCAACAGGUGCAUGCAUGACAGAACAAGAAUAGUAAUGAAAAUGAUUCUUGAAAAGUACAAGGGUUUUGAAGGGGUCAAAGAACUGAUUGAUGUAGGUGGUGGUUUAGGUGCUAACCUUGAGCUUAUUGUUUCCAAGUACCCUAAUAUUAAGGGGAUCAACUUUGACCUACCCCAUGUUAUUAAGGAUGCACCUCCUUACCCAGGUGUGGAGCAUGUCGGAGGAGAUAUGUUCCAAAGUGUUCCUAAAGGGGAUGUAAUUUUCAUGAAGUGGAUACUUCAUGACUGGGGUGAUGGUUACUGCCUCAAGCUUCUAAAGAAUUGUUGGGCGGCAUUACCAGAGGGCGGUAAGGUGGUGGUGGUGGAGGCGAUAAUUCCUGACCCUGAAAGCGAUAUUAGCUAUAGUGAUGAAGUUUCUAAGACCGCCAUUAAUGCGGAUAUGAUAAUGUUGAUUGCCCACCCUGGAGGCAAAGAGCGACUUGCAAAAGAAUACAACAUCUUGGCCAUAGAGGCUGGAUUCACUUCCAUGGAAAUCAUUUGUGGGGUCUUUGCAUUUUGGAUCAUGGAAUUCUACAAGAAUUAAUAUUUAACUUAUAUGUUAAAUGUAAUGUCCGUGUU